GUGCAUGUUUUGGUCCUAAAGGUGGAAGGGGUCAUUACUGCGGUAGAAAGUGUGAAGCAAUGAAUGGAGGAAGGGUUUUAAAAGGUCAGGUUUACGUCUGGUAUUGGAUCAGAACCCGAACGCCUGGACGAUUGUGGAGAAAAUGUAUGGAGUUCCAGAUGAAGACACAUGGGGGAAAAUUUGUAACAUAUCAUGUUGACAGAAUCACCGGUACUGCUCUUAAGGGUACAUGUUCGGAACGAUAUAAAACAUUCUUGAAUGAAGGUACACUUCUGGUAAAAGACAAGAAAAGCCUCCACAAUCUUCCGCCAAUACCUGGACUGAUCUCAUUUCGUGAAGACAACGACAAACUUUAUGUGAAUAGAGGAGAGCGAUGGGAUGAAAUAGGAAGCGAGAAAACUGUCGAGAAUCUGAAAACAAAAAUUUCCCUGCAAAAUGAACAAAUUCAAAACAUCGAAACGAAUCUAAAUUUAAGUUUGCAAAGUCUCAAAAAACAAGACGCUCGAACCCGACACAAGACAGUAAAAAUUAAGGCAAAAUUCCGUAGGCUUAGCCACAACCACUCCCAACUGGAUGAACGAGUUGUAAAGCUGAAAACGAAUGCAAGUUCAAAGUGGAAAAAUAUUGAAGAGAGAUUGCAAAAGAUUGAAACAGAAUUAGGAGCGAUUAAGAAGGUUACCUCCCUCGCAUCGUGUAAAGAUAUGCUGACGAUAAACAAAUUCUCUGCUUCGGGAACUUACAUGAUCCGGCCUACUGCUAAGAAACCAUUGAAAGUUUACUGUGACAUGGAAACUCACGGGGGAGGUUGGACUUUGGUUUACAGUUACACCUUUACAAAGUACCACGUUUUCGCUUCGGGGGGUAAUGCCGUAACCCCCGUGCCAAAUUGGCCUGCCCCAGUCGCCAACGUUCAAAACUCAACAACCCCUCCGUUUGGCGGGUCGUUUGAGGAACAUGGUGCUAUAGACUGGAAUCUUUGGAAAAACAUCGGGAGAGAGUUUAUGAUUAAGUCAAAUAUCAAUGAUUGGAUUGUAUGCGAGCCAACUCAUGGAAGCAUAGUCACAAAAAAAAAAGGAACAGUGAAAUGUCAAAAUAUAAAAAACGUGGCGACAGCCUGUAAAGACGUAGUACCAACUAGAAUUAUUUGGCACGCUGAAGGGCCGUUUCUGGGAGCUAAAGGAGUAUAUUAUGACUUUCAAGGAUACACAGGGGAUCACUGGCCAACGCAUGAUCCUUGUGGUACUAGUCGUCAAAAUCAAAAGAAAAAUGUCCCCCAUCCCGGCGGGCAAAUCUAUCUUCGUUAGACUUCAAACUUAUCAUAUUCGUAGUUUAAUUUCGCAAAUUA